AUGGGUGUGGCUGACGAGGAUGUAAAGGAUUUCCUAUGGAACAUCCUCCGGAACAAAACGUCGGACGUCAUCGAGAUCAUCUUUACGGAGGAGGAUUUCAGCCCCGAGGAAGGAACCUUCGUGUUGAAAGUGGGCAGAGGAAUCAAGUAUGAAAUCCCAUUCUGGAAUGAUGAAACAGUUCUGUAUAAAUUCGAUGGCCCUGUCUCGGAAAAUACAUCGGUGUACGUGGAAAAUGAUGAUGCCUGGAUUCAUUUAUACACCAGCAGAGUCACGAGGCCCUUCAAAAUCUUCUACUUCGUCAUAGAUGCCAGUUUCGUGACCCAGGAGUUUCAUGUGACCGGGCUCAACGGCACGAUCGAAUACAGAGAGGAAGAUCCGGUGAUCCAGAUGCCGAAACGAUACGUCUGGCAUCUAUCUGGACCUCCAGGGACGGGAUGGGACUUCCAACUUCAAUACCUGGAUCUCAAUGGCGGCCAGAAUGAAUUCCUCUACAUCGGCGGCGGACGGGAGGUGCAAUCAAGUCGAAGCGGGAUGAUUUUAAGCAACAAGGAGAUGCAGAACAAAAGAAGCAUUCGUGUGGCAACCAAUGACGCCGUCGUCUACAUGGUCAUCCCCGUCCGCACAACUGAAUGGAUAGGCGGUUUCUCUCUCCUCUUUACCCGAUACGGGAACGAGACCGAGAUGACGACGACGACGGAAGAGCCAUCGAUGUCGGUGUUGCCGAUCCCCUCUGGAGAUCCUCCAUCUAUCACCGUGCUACUCCGUCAUCCCAAAAGGAAACUCCAAAAUCUCGUCACCACUACUUCUUCCUUCACGUUCGCCAUCACUGCCCAUGACGCAGAGACGUGGAUGUUUUUCCAGAAUCUGACCAAGGAGAUCGCCAGAGCGUGCGAAGACUACGUGAAGGAAAACAAUCUGUCGAGCACGAGCAUCACGAAUGCAGUCCUGCCCGGGAAUCGGUCCACCGAGCGAGAUGGACUCGCUGGACCCAUCUCCCUACGAACCGAUGCCAGUGCAGUAAUACCGCUGAUCGUUGCCUGGUUCCUCCUACGGGUCCGUACGUGGCUCGAUGGCAUCAUGAUCUAA